AUGCCUGAUGUGCAGGCUUACGAGCAAUUCCUCUCGAAAGAGACGGCGUCGCAGUUGAAAAAGGAGACAGAAGACUCAGCCUCAUACUACCCGAUAUCGGCCUCCGGCGUCACAGUUGGUGUAUGCCGUUCCUCUGAGCUGCCAUCAGGUGUGGCUCUACCAGCAGGCAUCGAGCUUGGCACUACUGCUCUUUCUGCUGAAGUCCUCCUCCAAGCCGAGAAUACAUCACCCAACCUUAUUGCCGUCCGCUUCCGAGCGUUGCUCGGUGUACGGCCCAACGACAUCGACGCUACCGUGCAGACAUGCCAAAAGGCACGUCUCGUCACGAUCGAUGGUGCAGUGCUGGGGGAUGGACAGAAACUGAGUCAAAUUGCUAGAAAGCGCGGAAUGUCGCAGACCUGUGAGGCCAGUCUGUUCACCGACGGAAAUGCGCGUGCGAAUCUGGUUGGAUUAUACAUUGCGAAUGACGACAACACUUUGAAUUCAAUUCAGCAAGUCAGCGUCAAUGCCAUUGUGUAUUGUGGUGAGGACGCUACACGGGAAGCUGUGGCGGACUUGAUCGCAACAGCAGUGCGCAGAGUGCUGACGACGGCGAGGGAUGUGGCCGAGGACAUGUCCGUGUGCAUGGCUCAUUACCCGCUUUUCGGGUGCGGUAUUUCUGCAACGGUGGUCUCGGCCGCGGAUGAGGAAACUGGAGACGAGUCGGGCGAAACGCGUUCGGCUUGGCGACGGAAGACUCAAGAACAGUUUGUGUUGCCGCUGGACCGGCCGUUUCUGCGAAAGUCAUGUCGAGUUUACACCGCGGAGGCUUCGAAGAAUGAGGUUGGUGAUGGGGGCCAUCCGGGAAGGUUGGCCGAUGUACAUCAUGGAAUCAAAACUCAUGGCCUGGGUGAUGAGGGGGUGGCCGUGCAUCUAGUACAAAACAAGUAUCUAUACUGUCACUACAUGCAGGAUAGGUUUAACGAUUCGGGGUGGGGAUGUGCGUAUCGAUCGUUGCAAACGGUGCUUAGUUGGUGUGCAUUUGAGCGAUAUGCGCAGUUUGAAAAGGGUGUUUUGCCGACACAUAAAGAUAUCCAAAGGGCGCUCGUCGAUGUAGGCGACAAGCCCCCGACGUUUUUUGGAUCGAAGGAAUGGAUAGGUGCAAAUGAAGUGUGCUAUGCGCUGGAGAAAUUAACGGGAGUAUCGAGCAGGAUUUUGCAUGUGAGCCGGGGGUCAGAAAUGGAAGGAAAAGGGCGUGAGCUAGCGAGGCAUUUUGAUGAGCAGGGGAGCCCCGUCAUGGUUGGAGGCGGCGUGCUUGCGUGGACAAUUCUGGGAGUGGCAAGGAACGAGAAGACGGGAAAGACUAAGUUUUUGAUUCUGGAUCCGCACUACGAAGGACGAGAUGAGUUAAGUACGAUUCAAAAUAAGGGAUGGAUCGCUUGGAAAUCUGCGGAUGUGUUCAAGGCGGAUGCGUUUUACAAUCUAUGCAUGCCGUUGAGGCCGUCGGAGGUUUGAUGGAAUACCUGUGCAUUAAAGAGAACUCACUUA